AUGUUCUUCGUCGCUCUUUUCUACGCCUUUGCGCUCCUCUUCAUAUCGUUCACGUCGGGCAUCCAUGCCCAUGUCAUCCCCCGACACAGACACAUCCCCGCUAUCGCCAGUCGCGGCUCCCAGCGCCAGAUCGACGCCUUCCUCGACGCACACAACACCAUUCGUGCCUCACACAGUGCUCCUGCACUCACCUGGUCGACAUCACUCGCAGAGAAGGCCGAAUUCUGGGCUGACCAGUGCCAGUUUAUACACUCUGACGGAAAGCUCGACGACACAUUAUAUGGCGAAAACAUCGCAGCCGCAACAGGGGAUUUCACCAUCCCAGCUGCUGUGGCUACGUUCAUCUCGGAUGAAGACAAAUAUGAUCCUGCCAACCCAUCCUACUUCCGCUUCACCCAAGUCGUCUGGAAAUCGACCACGGAGCUUGGCUGUGCUGUAUCCCAAUGCAGGGGUAUUUUCCCCCAGGCACUUCUUACCAGAACAACGUUCUACGUUUGCUUAUACAACCCGGCUGGCAAUAUCGUCGGAAAAGCGCCUGAAAAUGUCCAGGUGUAA